UACUGAUUCGGUUUCCCGCCAAAUGUCAAAACAGGGAAGUUGAAUAAAUUGUUAAGCCUGUAAUUUGCAACAAGUUUACAAUAAAUUGUCUCAAUAUGUUAUUGAAUUUAAUGAUAUAUAUUUCUGAUAUUUUGAUCGAUCUAUUUGCUUCAGGUAGUCCAUAACCAUGACAGGUUCCUUGCUGUAUACUGUAUGUCUUCUGACAAUAGCUUGCCAUGAAGGUUUUGGUAAGAGCGCACUGCGUGGGAUGUUUCCAGAUAAAUACCCGCCCAUGAAACAGAAUGGAGUUGACCCAGGGCAGCCGGUUUUCCUGACACCUUAUAUAGAGCAAGGACAGUUCAAACAAGCUAUGGAAGCAAGCAAGGUAGGGCCUAUAGAAGGAGUGGAUCAGACCAGUUACGCUGGCUUCAUCACUGUGAAUAAAACAUACAACAGUAACAUGUACUUCUGGUUCUUUCCAGCACAGAAUAAGCCAGAAUCAGCUCCGGUUUUAGUGUGGCUACAGGGCGGACCUGGUGGAUCCUCGCUGUUUGGACUGUUUGUAGAGAAUGGACCAUACUUGGUUAACAAGGACAUAAAAUUUGUGAAAAAGGACAUCACAUGGAACAGCAAGUAUUCCAUGUUGUACAUUGACAAUCCAGUUGGUACGGGGUUCAGUUUUACAGACAAGGAUGAAGGCUAUGCUAGGAAUGAAGUGGAUGUUGCUAGAGAUUUAUACAGCUGCCUUACACAGUUCUUUCAAGUAUUCAACCAGCUGCAGAACAAUUCCUUUUUUGUAACAGGGGAGUCGUAUGCAGGGAAGUACGUCCCAGCAAUCAGUUACAAAAUACAUGAAGAAAACAAACAACUAUUUCCGAAAGUAAGAAUCAACCUGCAGGGACUGGCAAUUGGCGAUGGUCUGUGCGACCCGGAGACUAUGAUGAUACAGUAUGCAGAUUUCAUGUACAACAUAGGCAUGCUAGAUGAAGAGCAGAGAGAUUAUUUCCAGGGAUAUGCUAAAACAGCUGUGCAGUAUAUACAGAAAAAAGAAUUUGGAAAAGCAUUUGAUAUAUUUGAUAUGCUACUGAACGGAGAUUUAUACCCCUACAAGCCAUACUUCUACAAUGUGACUAAUACAAACAAUUACUACAAUUUUCUUGAAACGGAGGCUCCAGCUGACUUUGAUUAUUAUGGUACGGCAUUAGCUGAUCCUGAAAUCCGUAAAGCAAUACACGUAGGUAAUUUGACAUACCAUGCUGGAACCGAGGUGGAGAAACAUAUUAUCAAUGAUAUCAUGGACACUGUAAAACCAUGGGUGGCAACCCUCAUGGACAACUAUAGGGUAAUGAUGUACACAGGGCAGCUGGAUAUCAUUGUAGCCAUUCCUUUGACUGAGGCCUUCUUGAUGACAGUACCAUGGAGUGGUCUAGAACAAUACAAGGCUGCUGGUAGAUUGGUGUGGAGAAUACACAGCAAUGAUACAGAGGUGGCAGGCUAUGUAAGAAAUGUGAACAACUUUUAUCAGGUUAUUGUACGGGGAGGUGGACAUAUAUUACCAUAUGACCAACCAGCUAGAAGCUUUGAUAUGAUCGACAGAUUUAUCAAUGACAAAGGAUUUGCAUAGAUCCUGAGCAUGUAUUUUUCAACAUUUAAGUCAAAAAUGUAGACAUGGACUUAAAAUGCAAAAUUUUCUUUUCGCUCUGUCGUUGUAAUAAAAAAAACAAAUGGUAAUGAAACUUUGCUACUGCGAAUGUACAUUUGGCUGCUACACACCUCUACUAAAAUUCAUCAGUAUAAAUUUACUUUAAACAUUGAAUAUUUUUCCAUUUUUAAGUGCAAGACUUUAGAAGUUGACGAAUAUAGACACUUGUUACAUAUGUGAUUCAUGUUCCAUAUUUAUUCCCUCGCCUGUGUCUAUACUUGAACGCAAAUGCAGUAAGCCAUCACAUUUUACUGUCCAACAUUUAUUUAUCACAUUUUAUGUUUAAAGUAAAUAUUAAAUAGAAGAUAUGUUAACAUAAUUUUUCAAUGCUAAAAAUCAGUAAAAAAUGGGUUGUAUGUCUAUCUGUUGUACUUUUCUCUGCAAUGCUAAAGCAAAUGCAUAUUACACCAAAUUUACACUUUUUUAUUUAUAGCUGUUGUUGUUUAUGUUAUAGAUUUGUAUAUAUUUAUAGAAAUUACAGGCAGUUAGAGACUCUGAGAAGCAUAUAACUUGGAUUAAUAGUAGGGAUGUGGAGUUUUACAAAUAUACUAGUAUAUUAUGAAUUGACUCUGAGAAGUAUUAUCACUAUGAAACUUUCAGAUUGAUGCAUCCUAGUACAGAAAUAUUCCCAAUUAUGUAUGCAAAGGAUGUAAACUGCAUGCAUUAUGCUAGGAUAAUUAAAUAUUUUGAACUUUAAAAUAUCUGUUGAUGUACCCAAUGCACAAAAUGGAUAGUCUAGGAUACAUAAUUUGCAUAAACUGUGGAGAAUAAAGAUAUAUUUUAACUUGAUAAAAAAUAAAGUGGGUGUGUUAACAAUCAGCUUCUUUUAAAAGCUCUUGCUUUUAACUGUUGCUGUUUUAUUUUUUAACUUUUCUAUUUUGUAUAUAUAAUAGCUACCUCUGUAAGAGACACGAUUCCUCCACGAGACUAGAUAUCAAUAAGUAUUAUAUGUAGUGCCUGUAUGCUUUCAUGGUUAUACUUCUUAAUUAUCAUUUUGUAUUUGGCAUGUUUGCCUUUUCAGUGCUCUGAUUUUAUACAUCAAGCUGCUAAGGAAAAAAAAAUCAAAGUGGGUGUCUUAUUUUAUGUUAGAAGGCUACUAGUAUUAUAUUCUGUAAACUGUUCAUGUUAUUUUUUUGAAGUGCCAUUCAUGUACUAUCAAAGCUAUUGCUUUAAAACUUGCAACGCUUGUUCACCAUCAAAAGCUGACUCUGCACAGCAAGAAAUAUAACUCCAUCCUGCUUUUUGCAAGAAUUAUUACCCAUUUUUGACUUAGAAAGAUCAUAAAAACACACAAACAAUAUUUCUUUUAUACAGAGACAAAAACUCAGAUGAGGGUCUGAACUUGCAAGGCAGUGCUCUUGUUUGACAAAUUAUGAUGACUUGGCUUGUUUGUGUAACAAAUGCCCAACAAUGCAGUAUCACUGUGCAAUUUAAGUGUUUAUGGAAUCAAUAAAUGCGCACUUACAUCAGAUGGAGAUCAUGAAGUGCUUCAUGACAUUGUUGUACACACAUAAUUAUAUGAUCUCUGUUUAUGCUAGAAUAUUGAUUAUAGUUUUUAAGUUCUGUUGGGACCAUUAAGUCUUGAUAUUAUUGAAUAUAAUCAAACUGUUGCUGUAUAACAUUGAUUGUUAUACCCCCAGAUACAAUGUACAAAUUGAGUGGAGCAUAUCCGUCAGGCUGUCCAUUGUGCCUGCUCCAUAUCUUCGUAACCAGUUUGAAGAUUUUGAUAUAACUAGCAUCAGUUGUUAACAUCAUGAACAUAAGGCACACAACCCAGGUCAUUAGAUCCAAGGUCAGGGUCAUACAUGGAGGUCAAAAAUCAUGAUCACAACAUUCAACUUUCCCAAUACCAAAGCAGCAUCUGGGGGUAUUAAUUGCCUUUAGUGAUAGCUCUAGUUGAUUCCUACUCUGUAUUUUUAACAAUAAAGUCUAUUUUUUGAAAA